GGCGAUUACUCCAGUUGAAAUUAGUUAGCUUUCAACGGUCAUUGGGACAAAAUGAAGAGCCUCAUAUUGGUCAUAGCCAGCUUGGUCAUUUUUCUAGCCUUGGGAAGUGCGUCUAAAGUCCGAUACGACAAUUUUAAAGUUUUCAAAAUUAGAACAAAAAAUGUAGAGCAACAACAAAUGAUCGAGAAAUUAGCUGCCAACUCGGAGAAUUUCAAUUUAUGGCACAGCGGCAAUAAAGAGGUGCAUAUUAUGGUCAGUCCACAAAAAGUUAUACACCUGCAGAACUAUACGCGCGCCUAUAGCCUGCCUUUGGAGGUAAUGGUCUCCAAUGUGCAAAGCCUUAUCGAUGGUGAGCAAUUGUCAAAAUCUACAGACGAUAGUACCUUCGGUUGGACACGCUAUUAUCCCUUAUCAGCUAUUGAAGCAUUCUUAGACGAAAUAUUAGCGAAAUACCCGGCAGUUACAAGUGCCAUUGAUAUCGGCACUUCCUAUGAAGGACGUAAGAUACGCGGCAUUAAGAUCUCGUACAAGGAGGGUAAUCCUGGUAUCUUCAUCGAAUCCAAUAUACACGCACGCGAAUGGAUCACUUCAGCAACGGCCACUUGGUUAAUCAAUGAGUUUCUCACUUCCACCGACGAGGAUGUGCGUAGCUUGGCUGAGAACCAUGAUUGGUACAUUGUGCCAGUUUUGAAUGUAGAUGGUUUUGUCUACACACAUGAUACGGAUCGCAUGUGGCGUAAAACACGCCAGCCGGUGAAUUUCUCAUCCUGCAUUGGUGCCGAUCCGAAUCGUAACUUUGAUUCACACUGGAUGGAAAAUAAUGGCGCUUCCGCGGAUCCGUGCGCUCAGACAUAUGCUGGUACAGAGCCUUUUUCGGAGCCGGAGGUUAAGGCAAUCGCCGAUUAUAUUGCAAGCAUUAAGGAACGUCUGAAUAUUUUGAUAGCGUUUCACUCGUACGGUCAACUUUUACUAUCACCCUAUGGCUGGACAGGAGAUCUUCCAAGUAACUAUGAUGAUUUGAUGGCUGUAGCAGAGGCUUACUCAAAUGCGGUCAAAGCAAUGCCUUAUGGCACGGAAUACACUUAUGGCACUUCAUCGGGUGCACUGUAUUUCGCUUCUGGUGCCACCAAUGAUUGGGCCUACAGUGAACAAGAUAUACGGCUCUCGUACACAAUCGAAUUUCGCGAUACUGGACGUUUUGGUUUCAUUCUGCCGCCUGUCCAAAUAAUACCGCAAUGUGAAGACGCGCUUGCCGGGUUGUUGGCUUUCGUUAAGAAGGCCGAUGAACUGGGUUAUCUUGAAGUUAAAUAUACCUGAUGAGUUUUAAAUACACUAUUUUUAUACGUGGCAUGAGUUGAGUUAAACUCUCUGUGACUUGCAUUUUAAAAUAAAUAUUUUCAAAUAAAAAUAUGUAGUCUCAAAAGAAAAAAUAUUCGGUUAUACCUCAUUGCUUAUGAUUGCAUGAGCGAGCAGCACCUACAAUUUGUGUUGUUAGUCUUGAAGUGGUCAGACUUUUAGAGCUAGCUGUAAAAAUGGACGGCGAAUGAAAAGCGGCAGAAAGCAAAAUAUAUUGAGAAAAUUUCCUAUUUUACUGAGUUUUAUUCGGGAUAUUAAUCUACGCGUCAGGCGGAUCACUUGAAGUGACUAAAUAUCCUAUGUGGAUAGUCUAGCAGCAGAUAUGUACAUCAAUGAAAGGAUUUUCAAUGGGGUCUUCACUUGUACCCCAAACCAUUACUGAA